ACAGUCCCUGGAUUUCUGGACUGUACCUCCUCUGUUUCCCUCCAGGAAGUUGGACGGAAAUGGUGGUAAUUUGAUCUUGUCCCUGCAGUCUGUCCCUUGGGUUCUACCCCUUCAAUCCUCCUGGUUUUCAGUGUGUGUGUACUCCAAGCCCUUUAUAUGCAUCUGUCCUUUGGGAGGUCAUUCCUUGCUCUCUUGUCUGAGCUGGCCUUGAGCCAUCCUGUGUUUCUGGGGACUCUGGCCGUGAUCUAACUUGAGCUGGCCAGUGGGAACUGGCCACAAGAGCUUUGUAGCUUCUAUCUCUAUUCAUGAUAAGCAAGCACCUGGCUUCACAGCACUGAGAUUUUAUGUGCACCUGCUGAUGUGUUUACUUUUAUGAAAGAGAGAAAGAAGAGGCAGAAGCAGGGACUGGCAUACUUUGUCUCCCGUUGGCUUUAUGGCCCUGCAGAGAGAUUGGUAUGUGCAGAGAGAUGGUUAUGUAUGCAGUGGAGAUCUAGUGGAUGGGAGCUCCCUGUCCCCCCUCCUCUGGAGGCAGAUGGAUCAUGUGCGGGCCUGAAACCCCACGUGGGGUUGGAAGGACAUGGCUCUUGUCUCGGCUUUGCUGCUUUCUGACCUCACUGCCUUUGUGACUUUGGACAGGUCACUCCCUCUCUGUCAGCCUCAGUUUCCUUAUCAAUAAAGUGACUAGGUUAGACAAGAUGAUCUCUAAUAUGCCUAAGAAUGGAGCUGAGAGUAGGGUUAUAAAAGCAAACAGUCUAGUUACUGAUUAAACAGCAUGUCUGGGCAGAGUGGAGCCCCAGAAUUCACACAGUAGGGACAACCAAGGCCCUGCCAUUGAGCCAGUCCCAAAGCUGACACUUUUGCUGUAUAGCAAGGCUGGGGGUGGCCCCUGGGGUCCACUGUCCAUGCUGUCAGCCACUUUCCCCUUCCCAAGGAGCUUGCUUUCCAUUUCCCUUAGUACCUGCUUCCUGAGUUCCUGAAGCAGAUCACAUUGGGAGGUAGAAAACCAGGCUUAAAUCUGGGUCUGCCACCAAGUCUGUUGGCUUGCAGUCAUCAUUUCUCCCUGCCUUAUCUAUAGAGUGGGCGUGAUGGCACCAGUCAUGAAUGAUUCCAGGAUUGUUGUGAGGAUCAGAGCAUGAACGGUGUUGAGGAAGGCGUGGAGUUCCUGCCAGUCAACAACACCAAGAAGGUUGAGAAGCGGGGCCCGAAGCGUUGGGUGGUGCUGGUGGCCGUGCUGGUUGGCUUAUUCUUGCUUUCUAUCGUGGCAUGUUUCCUGGUGUGGCACUUCCAGUACCAGAACGUGCGGGUUCAGAAAGUCUUCAAUGGCUACCUGAGGAUCACAAAUGAGAACUUUCUGGAUGCCUAUGAGAACUCCAGUUCCACUGAGUUUGCAAACCUGGCCAACAAGGUGAAGGAAGCGCUGAAGCUGUUAUACAGUGGGGUGCCAUCCCUGGGCCCCUACCACAAGGAGUCGGCCGUGACUGCCUUCAGUGAGGGCAGCGUCAUCGCUUACUACUGGUCCGAGUUCAGCAUCCCCAAAUACCUGGUGGAGGAGGCCGAGCGCGCCAUGGCCAAGGAGCGUGUGGUCACAUUACCGCCCCGCGCCCGCGCCCUCGGCUCCUUCGUGCUGACCUCCGUGGUGGCCUUCCCCACUGACUCCAGAACAGUACAGACCGCCAAGGACAACAGCUGCAGCUUCGCCCUGCACGCCCGGAGCGGGGAGCUGACCCGCUUCACCACACCUGGCUUCCCCGACAGCCCGUACCCAGCUUGGGCCCGCUGCCAGUGGACCCUGCGGGGGGAUGCCGAGUCCGUGCUGAGCCUCACCUUCCGCAGCUUUGAUGUCGCGUCCUGUGACGACCGUGGCAGUGACCUGGUCAUGGUGUAUGACACCCUGAGCCCCGUGGAGCCGCGUGCCGUGGUGCAGCUGUGUGGCACCUACCCUCCCUCCUACAACCUGACCUUCCUCUCCUCCCAGAAUGUCCUGCUCGUCACGCUGAUCACCAACACCGAGCGGCGACACCCUGGCUUUGAGGCCACGUUCUUCCAGCUGCCUAAGCCGAGCUCCUGUGGAGGCUACUUACGUGGCACCCAUGGGACAUUUAGCAGCCCCUACUAUCCUGGCCACUACCCGCCCAACAUGAACUGCACGUGGGACAUUGAGGUGCCCAACAACCAAAAUGUGAAAGUGCUCUUCAAGCUUUUCUACUUGGUGGAGCCCAACAUUCCCCCGGGCUCCUGCCCCAAGGACUACGUGGAGGUUAACGGGGAGAAGUACUGUGGAGAGAGGCCCCAGUUUGUAGUUACCAGCAGGAGCAGCAGGAUCACUGUGCGCUUCCAUUCCGAUCAGUCCUACACCGACACAGGUUUCCUAGCCGAGUACCUCUCCUAUGAUUCCAGUGACCCGUGCCCGGGUAAGUUCAUGUGUAGCACGGGGAGGUGUAUCCAGAAGGAGCUGCGCUGUGACGGCUGGGCGGACUGCACGGACUACAGUGACGAGCUCAACUGCCAAUGCAACGCCACCUACCAGUUCACGUGCAAGAACAAGUUCUGCAAGCCCCUCUUCUGGGUGUGUGACAGCAUCAACGACUGUGGGGACAACAGCGACGAGCUGGAGUGCAGCUGUCCGGCUCAGACCUUCAGGUGUGGCAGUGGGAAGUGCGUCCCACAGAACCAGCAGUGUGACGGGACGGACAACUGUGGCGACGGCUCCGACGAGGCCAUGUGUGCCCUCGUGAGAACUGUUACCUGCUCCAAACACACCUAUCGCUGCCAGAACGGGCUCUGUUUGAGCAAGAGCAACCCUGAGUGUGAUGGGAAGGAGGACUGUAGCGACGGCUCAGAUGAGAAGGAUUGUGACUGUGGGCUGCGGUCGUUCUCCAGGCAGUCCCGGGUCGUCGGGGGCACGAAUGCCGACGAAGGUGAGUGGCCCUGGCAGGUCAGCCUCCACGUCCUGGGCCAGGGCCAUGUGUGCGGGGCUUCGAUCAUCUCUCCCAACUGGAUGGUGUCGGCAGCUCACUGCUUCAUCGACGACAGAGGAUUCAGCUACUCUGACCACACGCUGUGGACCGCCUUCCUGGGCCUGCACGACCAGAGCAAGCGCAGUGCCACUGGGGUGCAGGAGCUCGGCCUCAAGCGCAUCAUCACCCACCCUUUCUUCAACGACUUCACCUUCGACUAUGACAUUGCCCUGUUGGAGCUGGACAAGCCGGCCGAGUACAGCAGCUCCGUGAGGCCCAUCUGCCUGCCCGAAUCCUCGCACAGCUUCCCCGCCGGCAAGGCCAUCUGGGUCACGGGCUGGGGCCACACCCAGGAAGGAGGCUCGGGCGCGCUGGUGCUGCAGAAGGGCGAGAUCCGCGUCAUCAACCAGACGAUCUGUGAGAACCUGCUCCCGCAGCAGAUCACCCCGCGCAUGAUGUGCGUGGGCUACCUCAGCGGCGGCGUGGACGCCUGCCAGGGCGACUCCGGGGGACCCCUGUCCAGCGUGGAGGCCGACGGGCGGAUUUUCCAGGCCGGCGUGGUGAGCUGGGGUGACGGCUGCGCUCAGAGGGACAAACCCGGCGUGUACACGAGAAUCUCUGAAUUUCGGGACUGGAUUAAAGAGCAGACUGGGGUGUAGAAUGCAGGGGACAUCGGCGGGCCACCCCAACGUGCACACCUGCGGGCCAAGGACAGGAUCGCUAACAGCACCCCUGACUUGAGCUCCCCAGAACCCAGACUGUGAACUGAAUCCCCAGGUCUCUGGAGAGGGUGACUUGGCCUGGAGAACUUCUCUCCUCCCUCACCUCCGAAGCAGAGGAUGGGAGGUGGAGAGGGAGGACACUGGCAGUGCCAAGGGGCACAGGCUUGAAGACACAGCCCCUCCCCUCCAGUCCCAAACUGGGCUGAGGCUUGUCCGGCCGAUCUUUGGGCUCUGCCUCUCUGGUACCGAGCGGCUGUAAUGUUGCUUUGGGACCCCUACGGUGGGGCUGGUGGGGGCGCUUUAGGCUCCUAGGGUCACACUCUUCAGGAAACCCGGGCCAGACGACCCUGGAAGACACAUGGGUCUAAAAUUUGAAUUUUUACCAGCUCCUAGGGUGGGCUUCAGUGUGUGUAUUUGUGUGUAUGAGUAAAUUUUGUUUUUA